GAUUUUGUUAAAAAACGCCCGUCGCUCUCCUCUGCUCAGCCUGCUUGCGAGUCGUGUUUUCUCUGUUAGAGAUCAGUGGAAACUAUCAUAUAUUGAACUUAUUCAUCUUUCAUUUAAAAAGAAAGAACCAAGUGGUAAAUCGAGUAAGAUGGGGAAAGUUCGAGGCGGAAUGAAAUGCGUUAAAUAUCUCCUCUUUUUAUUCAACUUUAUAUUUUGGAUGAUCGGCUCACUGGUGUUGGCGGUUGGACUGUGGUUGAGGUUUGACUCGAAUAUCACCUCACUGCUGAACAUAGAGGGCGCUCCCCAUACCUUCUACUUUGGCGUUUAUAUCCUGAUUGGCGCCGGGGCUCUGAUGAUGCUGGUGGGCUUCUUUGGAUGCUGUGGCGCCGUCCGCGAGUCCCAGUGCCUCCUGGGCUCUUUCUUCUCCUGUCUCCUGGUCAUCUUCGGCGCGGAGAUCGCCGCUGGCGUGUUCGGGUUUUUAAACAAGGACACGAUAGUGAAGGAGAUUCAGGAAUUUCACACCAAAAACAAUGAAACCACGAAGUUAUGUUGCAGUUUGAUAUCCAGUAAUGAGUGCAACGACAAAGAGGCCUGUAAAACAGCCAUCGGCACCUUCUUCGGGAACAAGCUGCACAUCGUUGGCUACGUGGGGAUCGGCAUUGCUGGCGUCAUGAUCAUUGGCAUGAUCUUCAGCAUGGUCCUGUGCUGUGCGAUACGAAACAGCAGAGAGGUCUUCUAGACAUCUCCUUCCACCUGCCCCUCCCCACGUCCCCCGGAUCCCGGACACCAGAGCCACCAUAAACAACAUCUUCUCAGCUGGGUCGCCCCACCGGAGCCUGAUGAAGGAUUUGCGGGGGGGGGGGGGGGGCGCUCCCUGCUGCUUCAAAGCCCACGCAGGAAGACCACCUGCCCAAUUUCUAUCCUCUGCAGUUCCUCGACUUCCAUGCCACUGUUAGUGCGGUUUCUUGAUCCCUUUUCUGUUCCACGUCGACUCCAGUAUGUUCCCAGCCUGAGAAAGGGGUCGUAACUCGCUGUUACUUAUUACUCCAAUCCCCAGCCCUGGCCUGUUGCCCGCCUCAGCAUAGCCGGUCAUUUUCUAGCCGGUUCACCUGAGGCAUCUGUGCUAAAACGUGUAAAGCUGUUCUGUGGUGAGACUCAGUCUGCCUCUGUAAGCAGAGAAUCGCACUCAUACAGAUGCUCUGGCUAAGCUGAAGUAUGGCCGUUGUGUUAUUCCCGCGGUAAUAGCCCCACACCACCCUACCGGCGCCCCCUUCAGGAAUGCAGCUGUCCCACAGCCUGGCGCUUGAGAGUCACCCCCACCCGUGUGUCCACCUGGGACGAGCAUGGAAAAGUUUUUUUUUUGCCUCCAGCUAGCAUGUCCAGCCGGCUUCCAAUCGCUUUGGUCAGGCUCGGGAUCGAGGACAAAGCCCUGAUAUUUGCGUAGCAACGAGACCACAGAGCUGGUCCUCUUCAUCCCAACACACACAAUUUGUUUUUAUUAAUAUUAUUAUUAUUAUUCAGCCAUAACUCUGGAGUGUACUGUAUAGACGGUAGUAUGUUUAGACUUGGUAAUGUUAUUUUUUAUCUUUUAUUUGUUUAAUGUGCCUUUUUUAUGAAAAAAUGUCGAGUUCUGAUGUCAUAAAAGGGAGACUAAAAUGUAAUACUGUGCCUGAAGGCUCAGGUGUCUGAGAACUGGCAGAAGGCCAGUGUGGGGGACGGACGCUGUGAAUGCAGCCUGCGACGGACGCGCCGCAGUCAGAGCGGCCUGCUGAACCUUCCUGACUGUACCUCCGCCGACCCCGUGGCCCCCGGCUGCAUUCACGCCUCGCUUUAAGGCUUCUGUUUUCACGUCACUGAGGUGUGGGAUGUACCAAGGUGCUGGGGAGGGAUUUAAGCAAUAACUGGGACUGGUCACCAGCAGAUCUUGGGCCCUGGUCACAGCACUGUGAGGCAAAAGCACUUCAGGUUCCACGUGUGCAGUGUUUGCUGCCCUCUGCCUUUGCUCUCCACUUCUGAAUGUGAAAGCGUUCCUGCUUUAAAGAUUACUUUGAUUGCUUCUUUUUGUAUAAAUGAAAAUUUAAGAGUUUGUAGUACUGUAAAGUGUAUUGUAGAUUUGAUGGACCUUGUGUUUAAUUUAUUUAAUGGCUGGUUUCAUUUGAGAAUAUUAAAGGACAUUAAAGCUUCUCAGGAAGACACUCGUGCAAAGAUUGAA